AAAAACAAUGCACAAGCGUUGUCGUUGCAUCUUAGGCCACACAUAAGGGAGUGCUGUGCAACAAGUGCUGACUAGUGACCUCUUAUGGCCUCCCCUCUCCUUCUCUCUAGUUUGUCAACUUCACCUGCCUGAACCACCAAAGCAACCGCGAUUGACGUACGGGAGAGAUGGUGUUGCCGGCGGGGUUAGUAGCGGAGAAAGCGGCGGCCACUGCGUUCGCGAACGUCGUCCUGGGAAGACUCAUCAAGGAGCUGGAGAACAAGUACCAGAUUUGGAGUAGCAUCCACACUGAAAUCUCGUCUCUGCAGGAAGACCUCAGGAUCCUGGCGGCAGCCGUAGACGAUCAGCAGGUCAGUGUUGCAGGUUCUUGUAGCACGGUGGUCAGGAGGGUGUACGGCGAGCAGAUCCGAGAGCUGACCCACGACAUCGAAGACUGCGUGGAGCGCUUCCUGCACCGCAUCACCUGCAAGGCCGGAGCCUCGCGGGCUCGCCGGACAGCACACGCCUUGAGGUCGCUCCGCCGACGUCUCCGGUUUGCCGCCAAGAUCAAGGAGUUCCGGAGUCGCGUCGUGGAAGCACGCGAGCGGGCGUUGAACGCUGCGACUGGUGCUGCUUCUGCAAGUGUGCCUGAUAGCGGUGGUGCCCAAUCCUCCAGCAAGCAGGGAUCCAUGCAGGGUUGCCCACCCGUGGGUAUCGAAGAGGCCAUAAAGGAGCUUCGUGCUCUGCUCCACAUCGAACCAAACGACCAAGAUGGAGCUGCGAUUCAGGCUCAGCUGCGGGUGGUCGCCAUGGUGGGAUUUGGUGGCUCGGGGAAGACGACCCUCGCAAGGGCAGUCUACGAAAUAGUCCACAGGCAACGGGCACUUCCUUGUGCUUGGAUUGACGGGCACUCGCUGGAUCAUACGGAUGCUGAUAGCAUAGUCAAACAUAUACAAGACAUGCUUCGUUCCGGUGAAGGGUGUCCCCCUUCCACGACGUUAUCUCUCCACCAGGACAAAGGAAAAAGGCAUUUAAUCGUUAUUGAUGACAUUAAGAAGAAGCACUUGAUACACUGGGAUACAGUGAGGAAUGCCUUCAGGAAUAAUGGGAGAAUAAUUUUGACAACGAACAAUCGGUUCGUAGCUAAUAGAUGCUGCAAUCAUCCCCGCGAAGAGGGUAGAUGUACCUUUGGUCAUGUGUAUAACAUGAGAAGUCUUGGAGAGGAAGAUUCUAGAAAAAUUGCUCUGCUUGGAAGAGAUACACCUGAGAUAGUGAUGGGUUCAGAAAAACUGCUGAAGAAAUGUGAUGGUCUUCCUCUAGCACUUUAUAGUGUGGCCUGCGAACUAGGCUCUGAAAUGGAACCUACGGGGAAAUUCUGCAAAAAAUUAUGCAGUGACCUGGGUACAUAUCUGGAACGCGAAGACGACGAGCCUAACUUUGCAAGGCUUCGAGUUGUGCUUAGGGAAAACUACACCAGUCUGUCCAAUCACACUGUAAGGACCUGCUUGUUGUAUCUAGGUAUAUUCCCAAUUGACCGUCCACUAAAAAAGAACGUAAUAAUCAGGCGAUGGCUGGCUGAAGGAUAUGCACGCCAUUAUGAAGGGAGGCACCAAAGUGUAGCUGAUGAGAAUUUCAAGGCCUUUACCCACAGGAGUAUUGUUCUGCCUGCUGUACCAAUCAGUAAUUUCAUAGAGAAGGCGUGCAAAAUUCAUGGUAUCAUGCACGCCUUCAUGUUGCACAAAUCCAUGUGCAGGAAGUUCAUCAUGCCCUUUGGUACUCAGCACAAAAAAGUCCGCCACUUGUUUAUCCAUGAUAGCCAAUGUGGAAAUUAUGAAAUCAAGCCCGACAUGGAUUUAUCUCGGGCCCGAUCUCUGACUGUCACAGGGCAAGCAGGUGGUGCUAUUUCCAGGUUCAACAAGUACAAACUUGCAAGAGUGUUAGACCUGGAAGGAUGCAUUGAUGUGAAAGAUUGUCAUGUUAAAGACAUAUGCAAGCUAUGGAAUCUGAGAUAUCUAAGCCUCGGGCCUGAUAUCACAGAGAUACCCAAGGAAAUUGCACAACUGAAGUUGCUGGAGACACUUGAUGUAAGCAAGACAAGGGUGAAUGUGCUCCCUGUGGAGGCCAUUGGACUACCCUGUUUGAUUCAUCUGAUUGGAAAGUUUAAGCUUGAAGAUCCCGUCAAGAUGAAGAAGCCGCCAAAAGAAUGUAUGCUGGAGACCGUUGCGGGGAUUGUUGCCGACAAUGGUCGGGGAUGUUUGCAACUUAUGGACCAUAUGAAAAAGUUAAACAAGGUCAAGAUAUGGUGUGAGGGUGAGGAAACCAAACAAGGUCAGAUUGACAUGAAUAAUCAACUCUUCAAGGCCAUCCAAAAGUACAUCAAGAAACCUCCUAUGGAUGAGCUAAAUGAUCGCUCCCUGUCCCUUCACUUCCAGAAAUUGCCCCAAGGUUCCCUGACUGUUCUAGAUCAACUUUGUGAAGACCACAGCUCGAGGGCAGGAGAUUCAUAUCAUCUCAGCUCGCUCAAGCUACACGGAAACUCCAGCUCAGCCACAUUGCCUAAGUUUGUUGCCUUGUUUCAUGAUCUCACUACGCUAAGCAUUUCGACUAGCAUGACUGUGACUCAACAUCUUCUGUCAGUCAUUGGCGAGAUGGCUAAAUUGUUGUACCUGAAGAUGACUGCGAACAGCAUCGACGGCGAUGGUUUCGUCAUAGAAGAUGGGAAGUUCAGGAGCCUGAAGCGCCUAUGUCUUGUGCUGAAAGUUGUGAGACCAUUGGUCCUAUCAAUUGAAGAUGGAGGUGGGCUGGCCAUUAGCUCGCUCCAGCUGAUCUGUAAGAAUCUAGAUGGUCUCUCGUGCGUCGGAAUCAGGCACCUCCCUGAACUAAAGGAAAUUGUCCUUCAUCCUGAUGUGGAUGAAGAAGCAAGGCAAGCGUGGGAAGCUGAGGCAAGGAACCACCAUAACAUGCCACAUGUUUUCUUCAUCCCAAGUGACCUUGAGGACACUGACCACUCCAGAGUGGAGGCUGCGAUCAACGCUUUUUCUCCGGUUGAAGUAGCACAUUCGGAUCACAUGCGACAGGAACCAGCUGCUGCAGUUGUGGGGGAACCAGCACAUGAGGAUCACAUGGAGGUGGAGCUGGAGAAUAAUUUUAAAGCUCCGGUCAAAUCAGGCCCCGUGGUUAAUUUCCACGUUAACGGAGUACAUGAAGGUUGGGACAAGGAAGCUUUGGUGAAACCGCCAAAUAUGAAAAAAGGGAAGCUUGCUCAGAUGCAGAAAAACACGGCAGCCAAUCCGGCGGCCCAACUUGCAACGGCCAGCGCGUGUAAUCCGACGCCUCAAUAAUGCAGCCGAAAGCCAGCGCGUUCAAAAUUUGCAGUGCAGGCGUUGACGUUUUUUGUGUGCACUUUAUGUUAGAGCUUCUGUUGAGCGUUGUUUCCUCUCUCCGGUGCCCAAGAAGCGAAUAUUUUAACGAGCGGAGUAAUUUUUGAAUGCAUAUUGAAGAUGCUCUUAUAUAUUUUUGCAAUGACA